UCCGAAGCCAGGGGCCAGGUGCUUCCUCCUGGUCUCCCAUGCAGGUGCAGGGCCCAAGCACUUGGGCCAUCCUCCACUGCACUCCCAGGCCAUAGAAGAGAGCUGCACUGGAAGAGGAGCAACCGGUACUAGAACCCGGUGCCCAUAUUGGAUGCUGGUGCCACAGGCAGAGGAUUAACCAAGUCGACCGUGGGCGCCCUGCUGGCAUCCAAGCUGGGCUGGAAAUUCUAUGACGCGGAUGACUACCACCCGGAGGAAAAUCGCAGGAAGAUGGAAAGGGGGAUCCCGCUGAACGACCAGGAUAGGAUCCCGUGGCUCUGCACGCUGCACGAUGUUUUACUAAGAGACAUAGCCUCAGGACAGCAUGUGGUUCUAGCCUGUUCAGCCCUAAAGAAAAUGUACAGAGACAUCCUAAUACGAGGAAAAGAUGGCGCCGCUCCCACAGGUGAGGAGCCGGGGAAGGAAGACAAGCCAACAGCAGUGCAGCUCUUGGUGGUGUAUCUGAGUGGCUCAUUUGCGGCCAUCUCUGGACGCCUGCUCCAGAGGAAGGGACACUUUAUGCCCCCCGAGUUACUGCAGUCCCAGUUUGACACCCUGGAGCCCCCGUGUGCUCCGGAAAACUUCAUGGAGGUCAGCGUGGACCGAAGUCUUUCGGAGAUCACGGCGACGAUCCUGGACACUCUGAAAAUGAACUGAGAAUCACGCACGCCAGCGCUCUGGAAAACAGGCGGGCAGCGUCUCCAGCCCAGCCCAGCCAGCCCAGCCCAAGCCUUGUUCCAUCCGCCUGCAUGCUAUGAAUCCUUCCCAGGAGGAGCGACCACAGAGCGUCAAGAUAGACUCGUCAGCUUGUGUUUUUAGGGAUUUGUGAUACAAGUGUCACAACGGGAGAAGAAGAAAGGAAAUCAGACUCAAGUUGGAGUCAAAAACUCAUCUUCAACUCAAUCAGAUGACCAGAAAUCCUUAGCAAGUUGAGAACAUUCUCACUCGUGCCUUUGUAGAAAUAAAUGCAACUUCUUGGGAAGCCAUGACACGGUGGCAAACAACAACCUAAAUGAAAGAUCCUGGUGAACAAGACCCCAGCAGAAGGAACAGGCCAUCAAGGAGAGAGGCGCCUUUCUCUGAAGGGAGGAAGGAACCUCCACUGUGAUACGGCCUUGACUAAACAAGCUCAGAGGGGCUUCCAUAGCCUACACAGCUCAUGGCAAGAGUCUUGGGUGAUUGCUGACGUCAUAAAUAAGAGUGCCAAUUGUUAAAUCAACAACGGGAGUCACUGGGUACAUGCUCCCCACGUAGGAUCUCUGUCCUUAAUGUGUUUUACUAUGAAACUUAAAAACAACACUACUAGUCGAACAAUACCCUAUACCUUGUGCGGUUGUGUGAGUGCAGCCUGUUGAAAUCCUUGCUUAGUGUAUACUAAGUUGAUCUUCUGUAUAUGAAGGUAAUUGAAAAUGAAACUCGAUGAAGGGCGGUAUGGGAGAGGGAGUAGGGGAGGGGAGGGUCACAGGAGGGAGGGAGAUUGGGGGGGGUAGCCACAACAAUACAAAAGUUGCACUUUGUAAAUUCACAUUUAUUAAAUAAAAAACAUGAAUUUUUCUGCAUGACUUACUGAUAACAUUUUAAUUCGUAGUUCUAUCACUUCACAGUUGAGAAAAUACAGAAUUUGCAGAUUAAUAUUUUCUUAGCAUGAUUGGAUCCUAAAACGUUGAAAUUUUCAAAAUGUCUUCUUACUAUUUGUAAAUGGCAUUCACUCUGUUUACUGGCUAAAAUGUUGUCUAUGUUCAUAUCUUACUAACCUGCUGAUUUUUCCAAUAAAAUUAAUUAAAAAAAAAAAAAGGAAA